AGUCCACUGGUCCAAGUGCCAAGGCAGAGUCCACUGGUCCAAGUGCCAAGGCAGAGUCCACUGGUCCAAGUGCCAAGGCAGAGUCCACUGGUCCAAGUGCCAAGGCAGAGUCCACUGGUCCAAGUGCCAAAGCAGAGCCCUCUGGUCCAAGUGCCAAAGCAGAGUCCAUUGGAACAAGUGCCAAAGCAGAGUCCACUGGUCCAAGUGCCAAGGCAGAGUACACUGGUCCAAGUGCCAAGGCAGAGUCCACUGGUCCAAGUGCCAAAGCAGAGUCCACUGGAACAAGUGCCAAGGCAGAGUCCACUGGUCCAAGUGCCAAAGCAGAGCCCUCUGGUCCAAGUGCCAAGGCAGAGUCCACUGGUCCAAGAAUAAAAAAUGGAAGUGACCAGGACACAGGAAAAGAGGAUGAUGGUCAUGAUAACCAGAGAAUUAGAGUCAAGAAAAACAAAACAAAAUUCCAACAGACUGUCAAAUGUAAAGUGUGUUCCCGCAUAAUGCAGAAAAAACACCUUUCUCGGCAUUCAAGGGAGAUGCAUAGCAAGAGACUAACUGUGCGUCAAGAGAGACAUCACAAAUCAGUUUGUGUUGAUAAAAAAAAUGGUAUUUACAUGGUAUCAAAG